CCGGGCGGCGCUGUGCCGAGGCGGGGCGGCCGCGCUGGGCCAUGCCGGCGGCGGAGCGGGCCUCCUACAGGUUCGUGGUGCUGCUCUUCAACUGCCUCCUGACCUUCGGCUCCUACUUCUGCUUCGACAUCCCCAGCGUGCUGCAGGAGCAGUUCCAGGGGAACCUGUCCUGCCCCAAUGGGACCCAUCAGAACAGCACAGACUGUGUGGAGGGCCUGGGGAUGACGCCUGCCCAGUACAACCUGCUGUAUGCCAUCUACGCUUGGACAAAUGCAGCAGUGGUUAUUCUGGCUGGAUUCCUGAUUGAUAAGCUAGGAAAUCGCUUUGGUGUCCUUGUUUUCUCGCUUCUGACUGUGCUGGGAUCAUCAAUCUUUGCUCUAGGCUCCCAUUUCAAGGGCUCUCCGUACCUCCUCCCAAUGAUGCUGACAGGAAGGCUGCUCUUCGGCUCUGGGAAUGGCUCACUUACAAUUGUGCAGAAUCGUAUCACAGCCUUCUGGUUCAAGGGGAAGGAACUGGCCCUGGCAUUUGGACUGACCCUGUCUUUCUCACGUCUCGGGAGCGUCCUCAACUUCUUCUUCACUCAGCAGUUUGAGGCAAAGCUGGGAAUGCAGUGGACGCUCUGGGGAGGUACUCUGCUCUGCCUGCUUGGCUUUGUUUCAGCCCUCACUGUCAGUGUGCUGGAUAAAGUGGGCAUGAAGCAACUGGGCUUGGAUGGGGUUAUCCAGCAAGAAUCCAAAAAAGUGCGCAUUCAGGACAUCCGGCGGCUUCCCCUUCGCUACUGGCUCCUGGUCCUCACCAUCAUGUUCUUCUACAAUGGAGUCUUCCCCUUUGUGGCAGAUGCCAGCAAGUUUAUCCAGGAUAAAUAUUCUGGUUACAGCCAGCAGGCAGCUGCUUAUAUUGCUGGGGCAGUGUAUGACAGCUCCCUUGUCCUCUCUGCAGCAGCUGGCAUCUUAAUUGACUCCGUGGGGCUGCGAGGUGUGUUUGCGGUGGGCUGCGCUCUGCUGACCCUGCCUGUCUUCGCUCUCUUGGCCUUCACGUCUGUUCCUCCCUUGGUCGGCACCGUCUGGCUGGGCGUCACCUACUCCUUUGCGGCCGCGAGUAUGUGGCCAUCUAUACCUCUGGUGGUCCCCCAAGCAACGUUAGGGACAGCCAUGGGGCUUGCAACCUCUGCACAGAUGAUUGGAGUCGGCCUCUCGAAUCUGAUUGUUGGGCACAUUCUGGGAACAAAGGCUGGUGAGUUAAAGAUCCCCCUGUGGCGCUGGCAACAGAUGAUGAUCUUUAUGCUGGCAAACACUGCUGCCUGCAUUGUGGCCUCCCUGAGCCUCAAUGUUGUGGACACGAAGCAGGGCGGGACGCUGAACCGCAGCCGCAAGGGAGCGCCGGCAGAGCCGGAGCCGGAGCCUGCAGCCACCGCGCGGCUCCUGGACGCCGCGGCCGACACCGAGGGCUCUGCGGGCUGAGCCCACCCAGCAGCCAGCUCAGCAGCCUGGCCCGGGGCUGCUCAACGCUCCUGUGGGCAAUCUUCAAGGGAUCUGGCGACAGAAAGGGAAUCUUCUUCCCUCUGCCUGGCACACCGGGGACAGGUGCCCGCCGGCAUCCUCCACACCCACACCUGCAUGGUGCACUCCAGUGGCACGGACCCAGCUGGAGCUUCACAUAGCUGCUUUUCGACCUUGCAUCACAAGUGCCCACCUAAGGUGCUGCCCCACUGUUUGCCCAUCCCCAGAGUCAUCCAUGAGCACUGGUUAACCACCCAACUAGGCCAGCCCACCCCCUCAGUCCUUGCCCUGCAGGAGUGUGCAUCCUGACACAUGCACACAGCCACGCCAGCCUUACUCUUUAGGCAGGAGACUGAAUGAAUCAAAUGGAUUAGCCUUUGCACACAAGCCUACCUUCAUUGUUAAUUACCUUGCCAUAAGCCAUGCCCAGCCAAUUUGCCUUCAAAAGUGUUAAAAGGUUUUGAUGUGAAAUUCCAUCCUUGAAAGGAGAGGCUCUUACUCGUGAAUGCUAAAGGCUUCUUUGCCUGCCAGCUGCCCUCUUCACUAUGCAAAAUGCCCCCAAACACUCAGGCAUUGUUUACAGAAGCACAAAGGAUGCUUUGAGAAUGAGGUAGACUUUGACACAGUCAACAAAGAAUGCUGAAGUUGCAUUUAGCAGAGUGAGAGCAGUGUAGGCACAACAGCAUCCAGUAAAGUCACAUUUUAAGUAGAUGUCACAAAGACAAAUCCCAUCAAAGCCAAGUUUUCUUAAACUGAUGCACGGAGGAGAAUGUGUUCAGAGAGCAAGGUUUCCUGAGGUGUAAGCUGCACUGUGAAUCCAUUUGACACCACAGAUAAUUAAAGGAUUUCCCUGAUGUA